AUGUUUCUCCGCAAGAAGAGCUCGCUGACGUCCAACAUCCUGGGCCGGCCGCCGGCGGACAUCCGCGACAAGUUCCUGAUGGGGAAGGAGCUGGGCAAGGGGCAGUUCGGCGUGACUUACCUGUGCACGGACAAGGUCACCGGCGAGCAGCUCGCGUGCAAGUCGCUCGCCAAGCGACGGAUCGGGUCGAAAGAGGAGGACAUCCGCAACAAGUUCCUGAUGGGGAAGGAGCUGGGCAAGGGGCAGUUCGGCGUGACGUACCUGUGCACGGACAAGGUCACCGGCGAGCAGCUCGCGUGCAAGUCGCUCGCCAAGCGACGUAUCGGGAAGGAGAUCGCCAUCAUGCACCAUCUGGCUGGCCACCCCCACAUCGUGCAGCUGAGGAAGGAGAUCGCCAUCAUGCAUCACCUGGGCGGCCACCAACACAUCGUGCAGCUGAGGGGGGCAUUCGAGGACAAGCACAACGUGCACAUCGUCAUGGAGCUCUGCGCGGGCGGCGAACUCUUCGACCGCAUCGCCGCCCGGGGCCACUACAGCGAGCGGGCGGCAUCGUCCCUCUUCAAAACCAUGAUGGGGGUGGUAGACCACUGCCACCAGAAUAAUGUGAUCCACCGGGACUUAAAGCCCGAGAAUUUUCUGCUCGCGGAUCGGAGGGAGGAUGCGCCGCUGAAGGUGGCGGAUUUCGGGCUGUCGUCGUUUUACAAGGAGGGGGAGGUGUUUACUGAGACGGUGGGGAGCGCGUUCUAUGUGGCGCCCGAGGUGCUCAAGGGGAAGUAUGACAAGGCGUGUGACGUGUGGAGCUGCGGAGUCAUUCUCUACAUCCUGCUCAGCGGCACCCCGCCCUUCUGGGGAGACACGGAGAAGCAGAUCUUCCACCAGGUGCUCAAGGCCACCCCGGACUUUGCAGCGGACCCCUGGCCGCAGGUGUCAGACUCCGCCAAGGACCUCGUCAAGCGCAUGCUGCACCCCGACCCUGCUGUGCGCAUCUCCUCCGCUGACGUGCUCCGCCACCCGUGGCUGUCUCACGAGAAGCAGUCUGACAAGCCGCUGGGAGAGGCGGUGCUGAAGCGAAUCAAAAACUUCUCUGCUGCGAACAAGAUGAAGAAGCUGGCACUCAAGGUGAUAGCGUGCAACCUGAGCCGGGAGGAGAUCCUGGGGCUGAAGAAGCUGUUCAAGGGGAUGGACAAGGACGGCAGCGGCAGCAUCACGUUUGCUGAGCUCAAGACUGGCAUGCAGAAGCUGGGUAACCCCAUGUCGGAGGAGCAGCUGCAACAGAUCAUGGAAGCGGCGGACAUGGACCACAGUGGCACGAUCGACUACACGGAGUUCAUCACAGCAACGAUGCAGAUGAACAAGGUGGAGAAGGAGGAGCACAUCUGGAAGGCCUUCCAGCACUUCGACCGUGAUGGCAGCGGGUUCAUCACGGUGAGCGAGCUGAGGGACGCCCUGGCGAAUGAGGACAUGCUGGAGGUGGGCGAGCUGGAGCAGAUCAUUGAAGAGGUGGACACGGAUAAGAGUGGCACGAUUGACUAUGAGGAGUUUGCAGCCAUGAUGAGGAAGCAAGACCAGGAUGUAGCCGGCGCGCAGAAGCAGAGGCGGACCCGUAGCAUUGGUGCUGACUACUACUGA